GAAGACACAAACAUGGAGCUUUUCGUGAAAAGCAAGAGCCCAAGAAAACUAAGAUAAUCAGUUUGCAGAUUUGCCGGCUGAUUAAAAUGCUUAGAAUGAAAUGCGCUGGGAACACACAGAGGCGGUGGUAAGUCACUUUGUACCAGAACUUAUGAUUGUUGACUUGCCGUGUGCUGCAUUUAGCGCCAAAAGACGCGUAACGGACCGUUCCUGAUCUCGGAGUCGUCACUUGCCUUAGUAAAGCCUCGACGAGAAGUAGUAGGUUGAGCACAGGCUCACCCCCACUUGCAUUCUUCAUUGCGCGCUCGUGAAACAGCACCAUCAUGGCAGAAGUCGAAGUGCAGCGUGUCCUCGCUACUAUCAACCAGGUGUUCGUGUUCCAGAUUCCUCCGCAGACGUCGGCUGCCGGUCACAGGUACAGAUCUGCAAACACAGUCUUCACGACGAGUCGGCUCUAAAUGGUAGUGUUGCGGUUGUCUAGAGCGGACUCGUGGCCGAGCACACCCGCGUGGACUGGUCGCCUGCAAGUUUCUUCCGUUGGUGAAGAUGCAGUCAUUGAGCUGAAGGACCCCAACACGGGUGUCCUCUUCGCAGCCUGCCCGAUUAAGGCUGGUGGGCCGCCCGCCAUUCAGAAAGUGGUUGACAGCAGUCGGUACUUCGUCCUGCGCGCCGUUGAUCGCGUAUCUGGUCGACACGCAUUUAUUGGCAUCGCCUUCAACAACCGCAGCGAUGCAUUCGAUUUCAAUGUCGCCAUCGACGAUUUCAACAAAGAGCUCAAGCGUGAGAAGACGCAGCAGGAGACCACCACUGCUGCUCCUCCCGUUGACUACUCACUAAAGGAAGGCCAAACGAUCCGAAUCAAGCUCAACACCAAGAAGAAAGACGCCGCGAAAGCUGAAGAAGAGGACGACAUGGAUCCGUUUGGGUCCACUAGCUCGCCGAAGAAGGCCAGCAGCAGUACGACUGGCGAUGCAGAUCUCCUGGGGUUCUCCAACUCUGCUGCCAGCAGCAACUGGGAGACGUUCUAAUACUACCCGGCCAAGGGAGAGUUGUUGUGUACCCCAGGAAAUCCAACAUCAACAAACUUUUUUUUUUAAUAAAAAAAUACAUUUUGCAUGUUGAAGUUGACA